AUGAAAAAAAUUUAUUGGGAUAGUCAUAAAAGACCAGAUGUAGUUAAAGAAAAAAAAGAAUUUAUUGAUACUAUGGAUAAGCUUAAACCUUUUAUGACUAAUUUUGAAGAAGAAAAUUUAGAAAUUAUUAUUUAUCUAGAAUUAAAUGAAAAUCAAAAAAGAAAAAUAAUUAUUGUUCAAUGUCAGCUAGAUUUACUGAUGAUUAUUUACAUCUAUGGCAACUAUUUGAAGAUUUUGAAGUUUCUGCAAAUUCUGUAA